UCUCUCCUUUGACUCCACAAUCUCUCUCUCUCUAUAUCUCUCCCUGUCUGCAGCCACAAGCUGCAGCAGCUGCAGCAGAGCACGAAGCAUAGGUGCGCCUCGGCAAUGUCCGGCCGGUGCUUCAGCCUGACGGAAUUCAGGAACCGGUGCUACCGCUCCGCAUUCGCCCGGUGGGGCCUCCGGUCCGCCCUCACCGACCUCCGCGACGGCACCGUGGUGCACUGCUGGGUCCCCAAGGCCCGCUCCCCGGCCAAGCCCGACCUCCUCCUCAUCCACGGCCUCGGCGCCAACGCCCUCUGGCAGUGGGCCGACGUCCUCCCCCACCUCGCCCCUCACUUCAACCUCUUCGUCCCCGACCUCCUCUUCUUCGGCGACUCCUUCACCUCCCGCCCCGACCGUUCCGACUCCUUCCAGGCGCGGUGCCUGAUGCGGGUCAUGGAGGCCCAUUCGGUGCGGCGGCUGAGCCUCGUGGGGCUGAGCUACGGUGGGUUCGUGGCGUACAGCAUGGCUGCGCAGUCCAUGGAGGAAGGGGCGGCGGUGGCCGUGGAGAGGGUGGUGAUAUGCUGCGCCGCCGUGUGCAUCGAGGAGCGAGAGAUAAAGGAGGGGAUGCUGAGCGUAAGCGACCUGGAGCAGGCGGCGGGGAUCCUUGUGCCGCAGACGCCAGCGAGGCUGAGGGAGUUGAUGAGCUACACGCUCUCCCGGCAUCCACCUCUUGGGCUGAUUCCUUCCUGCUUGCUCAGUGAUUUCAUCGAUGCAAUGUGCGCUGAUUACAUCGAACAGAAGAGAGACCUGGUUCGAGAUAUCCCAAGAAAUCGAAAAGUAUCCGAAAUCCCAAAGAUCACCCAGCCCACGUUGAUAAUCUGGGGAGAGCAUGACCAUAUCUUCCCAGUGGAGCUGGGUCACAGGCUUAAGAGGCAUAUAGGAGACAAUGCACAUCUCGUGGUCAUCAAGGAUACAGGACACGCCUUCAACAUGGAGAAACCGAAAGAGUUCCACAAGCUUUUGAAGAUGUUCCUCGUUGAUCGGCAGCCUCCUCCAGCAAGCUCAUCGCCGGAUUAUGAAAGUGAGAAAUGCACUACAGAAGAGAGAACGAGCGAUAAUGGUAGCGAUCCAAAGACGAAGGCAACAGCCUCAACAAAUGCUCCUUCACAAGCAUAGACUCAUUGGGCCGAGGGCAUAUACAGGCCAUUCGAAUCAAUUCUUUGGUUUAUUUAUGAUCCAUUCGUGACUCCAAGGUGCAUUUAUAUGGAGGUAACCCCUCCCUGAUGCAAGGAAACGAACAGGUCCUGAAUUGUAUAUGAGACGGACAUCUUCCAUUCUCCUCUUAACUCAUGUAACGUUUUGGCAUUCUAAACCAUGACAGUUGAUU